CACUACCAAAACCCUUCAUCCUUCCAAGACAAAGAGCAAAGAGUUAACGUAUAUAAUGGCAAACGGCGGCGAUCUCCGUUCUACCGCCGCAGGAUCAUCCAUCGAACAAGAGUCUCCGGUGGUUCUUCCUCCUCCUCCACGUGAAAUCCCCACCGCCAAUAUCCCUCCUGCAAGAUCCACCGCACCAAAUACAGUCAAUCUUACUGAAGAGAAUCAAUCUUUAGUCAACUCAUUGCGCUACUACACCGCCUUAACUCAUCAAGAAAGGGAGACGUUUAUGCAGUCGUUGUUCAACUUAAUGACUAGCAACGAAGAAGACGGUGCGGCUCAGUUUGGAGAGGUGGUCUCAAGAAGCGAUCUUCCGAGGAUGGCCUUGUUGCUGACGUCAGAUCUCGAUCGUUUCUUGGAGAUGGCAAGAACCAAGAACGGCUCCAAACGCAUACAGGAGCUACUCGGAUUAACAGACGACCUGGACACCUACUUCUUUAACGCUAUAACGCGCCGCUUCUUCCGCUUCAUGACCGACUAUGAGGCGUCCAGAGUCGGGACGCAAGGGAUGCAUGUUUUCAGCCAGGAGAAGAAAAAAACUAUGUACGAGCACGUUCUCCGCCACGCGAUUCCCCUGGCGUGUGACCCAAGCGGCUUCGCCGUGCUGAAAGAAAUCAUAGACAGCUUGGGCAAUCCUUUCUACAGAGGCCGGCUCUUGGACAUAGUCGCGCAGAACGCUCUCUACUUAAGCUACAAUGCUCAUGGGAACUACGUGGUCCAACACGUGCUUCGACUGAAUGACUUACGUUGCACGCAUAACGUUGCAGUUAGCCUCAGGGGGCGUUGCUUUGGCCUCUCGUUUACGAAGUUUGGAAGCUUUGUCGUGCAGAAGCUUUUGGAUACAGAGGAGGAGGCGGUUAUGGUGGUGAGAGAGUUGGUGUGGUGUGAUGAAGAGAGUUUGGUGAGGCUGGCGAGGAGUGAUUACGGGAAUUACGUGGCGGUGAAGGCACUGAGAGUGAUGGAGGAGAGGAAUCGGAUCGAUUUGUUUUGGGAUUUGGCGAAUAAGCUCAGGCCCUACGUUCAUCUCUUGCGUGGACGCAGAAUUGGAGCAAUCCUGAGCUCGCUUAAUUAGAUUUGUCUCAAUGGCCUGCAUGCAGGUUCUAUUGCUUACGAUAUAUGUAUGCUGAAAGUUGUUAGAUUCUGUGGUUUGCUUAAUGAAUUCUUGUAAUGAGAUUUGUCACUAAUGAUG